AUGCGGGAUGUUUUGGUUCCGCAGCCGGUAGAUAUUGACAUUGGUGUAUCCAACAUCGUCGACGACGACGAAGAAGGGCAACAACAUUCCGGGACGCAUUCCUGCGGCAGCUGCGUGUUGGCCUGGAACGGGGAAGUCUUUCGCGUCGUCACCCAAACGCCACUCGGAACGGACACUGACGACCUAUCGGGGUCACACCAUUCCGACACUACGCUCGUGGCCGACUGGAUACGUCAGGAAUUGACGCAGACUGUCUCUAUCUGCCGUGAAGGUACCACCAUACGCAGCGUACAACUCCAACAACAAAUGGCUCUGGCACGCGUCCUGGAACGUUUGGUGGACGCUGAUUUUGCCGUGACGCUCGUCACACCACACUCCGUAUUCUACGCACGUGAUCGUUUCGGCAAACGUUCCCUCCUAGUACAAGACGGUCUAUCGACAGUCACGGCUGCCGGGACCGCUACCGAGACCAGUCGUUCCUGGAAAUUGUCCUCCGUCACUGACGGGACGGAAUCGGCAGUGUGGACCGAAGUCGCACCGGAAAUGGUACAUUGCUACUGCGUGGCUACGAAACAGUGUCUGCCCCCGCUGUCCUACCAUCAACGCGAGACUAUGGAUGUUGCACCGGCGCAAGUACUCCACCAACCCUUGCAGGAUGAGUACGACAAAGACAAUAUCCGAAGAGCGUGGACUACUCGGCGCAUCAAUGACCAAUCCUUCUCGUCGGAACCUUGUACGGCUACAUCUUUUGCUCCCUUACCUUCACAGCCUACAAAGCUGGAGACAGCCGUCGCCACGUUGUACGUUUUAUUGCGCGACGCGGUACGCCGGCGUGUCACGGGUCCACGAGUGGCUGUCUUGUUUUCCGGUGGCUUGGAUUCCGUCGUGCUGGCCGCCUUGGCUUUGGAAAUUCUGUUGGAACGCUAUGAACACACCCACGAACUCGUUUUGUGCAAUGUUUCGUUUGUAGAAGAUGCCGCGCCGGGCGCUACAGACUUUGCACGGACGGAUGCCUCAGCGCUGCCGAGCCGUACCGACGCACCAAUACCACCGCAAGCAGCCGAUACUCGCGCAGCGAUGGUGUCGUACCGGGAGCUGGAACGCCUGUUUCCCCAAGCGCGUAUCUGCUUUUUGGCCAAACAGGCGACGUGGGGGGACAUUGUCCGCAACGAAGCACACGUACGUCAAUUGGUGCAUCCCCAGACGACGACCAUGGAUUUGAACAUUGGAAUGGCUCUAUGGUUUGCGUCUUUGCAAUCCACGGAUAGCAAGUCCCAGCACGUUUCCGCGAAAAAAGUACCGUUGGGUGACGACUGUCGUGUGUUGCUAUCUGGUUUGGGUGCCGACGAACUCAUGGGUGGCUACGGUCGUCACCGCCAGGCUUGGAAGGAUGGUGGCAACGAGCAACUACGUCGGGAGCUGGAUUUGGAUUUGACCCGACUGUGGUACCGCAAUUUGGGACGCGAUGAUCGAGUGUUGAGUGAUACCGGCCGAGAAGCGCGCUUCCCGUAUUUGGAUACGGCCGUUGUGCAGUUCCUGUCGAGGUUGGACUUGGACGUGGUGUGUGACUUUAAGCGGCCACCGGGAGAAGGAGAUAAACGCAUUCUACGGGUUCUGGCGGCGCAGAUGUUGGGCCUGGAGGCGGCGAGUACGGCCGUCAAGCGAGCGAUUCAAUUCGGGAGCCGGAUUGCGCACGUGAGUGACAAACGACGAUUCGGUUCGCGGCGGCGAGCCUCCGGAACGGCCCGCGCCAUCCACCAGACCGCGGUUACCGAUUUCUGAGCACCAGAUAUUUCCCGAGACUUGUGUACAAAGUUGUUGACUGUUGAUGGGAGUACCGUAAUCACCUUACUACUAUUCUU